UGGGGCGCUGUGGCUCUUCCCGUGGGUGCGUGUCGGGGACACCGUGAUGGAGUCUGCGGGCUGUGUGGAGGAAUGAUCCGGCUGACUGACAACUGUUUCCCGGCUGAACUGGGGCUGUCAGUGGUCUCCGGUGAUUCAGAGUGGAGCAACCGCCGGUACUGAGCUAUGAGGGGAGCUGAGCUGUUACCUCCAGGCGGUCUGGCUGUUGGACAAUGCUGUGUCUGUCCACUGGGUGGCGCCUCCUGAGUCCAGCUCACCUCCUCCCUCCUGGAGACGUCGCUAAGUCCAUUUCCAUGUACGCCACCCGCCUCUACAGCACUGCGGGGGGAGGAGGGGGAGGAGGAGGAGGAGGAGGGAUCAAACAUGGGCGAAGAGCCGGGCUGGCGGUGCUCGAGGUUCCUUCCCCCCACCUCCCCCACCCUCCUCACCCACCGCUGCCUCCUCCGCCCGCCUACCCUCUGUACCAGGGCCGCCCAGACGCACACCGAGGGCCUCCCUUUCACCACCACUACCACCCCCACCACCUGGCUCCGCCCCCUCUGCCCCCACAUUACCAGCACCAGGUGGCGGUGCACACCUACGGAGGAGCAGCCCUGGCCGCCAGUGGCAGCGCCAAGAAGAAGACCUGGAACUUCAUCCACGAGAAGAUGAGCUACGACACCUUCUUCACCAUGAAGCGUCUGAUCGAGCGCUCGCGGCAGCCCGACGAGGUUCUGCGCUGGGUCACCCAGAAUCCCGCCAAGAUCUCCCACAACCACUACCCCGUCGCCCUGCAGAAGAUCGGCCAGCUGCUGCAGGCCGCGCCCUCGCCGCGUGCCCACGGCGCCGACGGCGAGGCGCUGGAGGGCGACGGGCGGCAGAUCCUGGAGCACGCCGACUUCCAGACCCUCUGCGACGCCAUCGUCAGCGACUGCGCCAAGUUCGACAACUUCAGCAUCGUCAACUGCCUGUACGCCGUGGCCUCGCUGGGACUGCCCAGCGACUCCAAGGUGGUGCAGGUCCUGGAGGCGGAGUCCCAGGCGCGGCUGGGCCAGUUCAACCAGAAGGACGUGUCCAUGGUGUUCAGCUCCAGCAUGCGGCUCCACCCGGGCAGCCAGCACCCGCUGACGGAGGCCUGCCUGGCCGGCCUGGAGAAGAACCUGGAGCGGGAGCGCCACCCGCAGACGCUCUUCCUGCUGCUGUCCUACUACAGACUCAAGUGGCGCUCGCUGCAGCCGCCGGAGCCUGCCGCAGGGGCCGCCGCCAGCGCCGGUCCCAACCCUGAGCAGCUGGUGGCCAACAGGAAAAUCCUCAGGCUGGUCAAACACACCCUGGCCAGCGUCAGCGGCGUGCGCGACCAGGAGAUGGCGCUGCUGGACGAGAUGCUGGCCGCCUGCGCCCGGGAGGCCAGCAACAAGAGUCUGGAGCUGAUCUUCAGUUCUCACCUGUUCUACCAGAACCGCCAGGAGAGGUUCAUCAGCAGCCUGGCAGACGAGCUCCCCAAGAAGGUGGACAGCAUCACGCCCUACACCAUGGCGCUCAUCGCCAAGUACGUGGCCCGCCACCGGCUGAGGGAGACCCGGCUGCUCGACACCAUCGCCGACUUCCUGGUCAGGAAGGCCGAGUACCUGGACAGCAAGGUGAUCCAGAAGCUGGUGUUCCCCUUCAGCAGGAUGAGCUACCGCCCCUCCAACGCGCAGCACUUCUUCUCCCGGCUGGAGGAGGUGGUGGAGCUGAAGGCGCUCAGCUCGCCCCUCGCCACCGUCAACAUCCUCAUGUCACUCUUCCAGCUGGGCCACUUCCCCGGAGCCGUGCUGCACCGCGUCUUCUCCGCCGCCUUCAUCAGCAACGUCACCAGUAGCCCCUACGCCCUGAUCGUCAGGAGGUACCUGUCUCUGCUCGAUGCCGCCGUGGAGCUGGAGUACCGCGACUACUCAGGCCCCCGCCUGCAGGACGCCCACAAGGUGCUGAUGUUUGACCACGCCCUCACCGCCGACGAGGUCAACCGCAAGUACAGCUAUAAAGGUCUGGUGGCCGAGGCGCUGCGACAGCUGCUGGGAGAACAGAGCUACAAGCAGGACGAGGUGCUGCCCCCUGGCUACUACACAGACUUUGUGCUCUGGAUGGACGGUUCUGGUCGGGUUCUGCCCGUCAGGUCUGGACCCGGCGUUACCGUGACGACCAAGCCAGCUGCCGGUGCCGUCGGCGCGGUGACGGCCGAGCUCCAGAACUUCUCUCCGUUCGCGGCUGUGGAGGACGGUGCCGAGCGGCCCGGCCAGGCGGCCGAAGGCGGCGCCGUGGAAGACGGGCCCUUCAGGUCGCACCACCUGUGCAGCACGGCGGGGGCCCCCGCGGCCUCCGAGGGCCCCCGGGCCGGCACCAACGGCGGGCCCCUGGCCUACGGCCCGUACUACGGUCCGGCGGCGCAAUUCUACUCGGGUCUGGCCAAGGAGCACUCGGUGGAGAGCCAGGAUAGCUCCACGCUCAGCAGCCCCCCCUCCGAUGGCCUGGUGCCCCCCCAGGCACCCGCGGGGGCCGCCGCACCAGACUCCCUCUUCCAGUUUUCCAUCGGGAAGAUCUUGGAGGACGAAGGGGCCCCGGCGGCCCCCGAGGUUCUGGGGACAGACUGUGAGCUGCCGGGGUUCUACGCUGACGGGUCCGGUUCUAAUAGGGGGGCCCCAUCGCCACUGCUCCACCCCCCUGAAAGAGCGGAUCCAGAGGGACCCCCGACAGAGCAGAGGUCGAUCCGCAGGGUCAUCAUGUCCGUCAACGACAAGUGGCACUACUGUCACAACUCUGAGGUUCUGGUGGGCUCCCGGGCCAUGAGGGACCGCCACCUGCAGCUGCUGGGCUACAUCAUCCUGCAGCUGCCGUACCACGAGCUGGAGAAGCUGAACGGGAUCGACGAGGUGAAGCAGUACCUGCACAAGAAGCUGCUGGACGUCCCGCUAUGACUGGGUGCUGGGGGGGAGGGGGGGGGGGUCUUCACAACUGGGUUCUGGUCGAGCCUUGAACUUUUCCACCAGGUGGACUCAGACUCCCAGCAGGCUGUGCGGCAGCCUGCAGGUGUGCUCGCCGACAGGUGAGCUGAGGGUGAAUGAGUGAAUGUAAUCCUUUUCUGGGGGCGGGUCCAUGUUCUUAAGUGCUGUAGUCAUGGUAACAGUGAUGCAUGAGGGACUGUUUUUAAAGCAUGUGCCAAAGGGUCGAGGGCAGGCGUGGUUCUUGGGGUCAAAGGUCAGAUAAUUUAUUUGUGUAUCAGGAGACGGACAGAUCGUUUAUAUUCUAUGAGCCGAGCUGUGAAUAAAGGCUGAAACGACGA